ACCAGUGCCCUCCUCAAGGAUUGCAACUUCCCCACCGAAGACUUUACCGAUAAUGUGCUCAAAUGUCUCCCACCCAUCCCUUGGACCAUUCCUGAUCGCGAGUUUGAGAUUCGCAAAGAUUUACGUGAUCGCCGAAUCUUCUCUAUUGAUCCGCCUACUGCCAGGGAUAUCGAUGAUGCCCUCUCUAUCACGAAGAAUGACGACGGAACCUACGAAGUCGGAGUUCAUAUUGCAGAUGUUUCCUAUUUCGUUAAACCUAAUACUGCACUUGACCGUGACGCUCGUAAACGAUCUACUAGUGUUUACCUCGUCCAACGAGCUGUCCCCAUGUUGCCACCAGCCUUGAGCGAGCAGCUGUGUAGUCUUUUGGCUGGAGAGGAAAGAUUGGCAUUCUCCGUUAUCUUUACCCUCACCGAAGAUGCAAGAUUUCUAACUGUGUUUAGAUCGGCGGCUAAAUUGUCCUAUCCCGACGCACUUGGCGUCAUUGAAGGACAAGCCCUUCCGGAAGUUCCUAUUUAUGGCAGCCAUGAUACAGGAGCUAUUUCCAGUGAUAUCGUCCUUCUUCAUAAACUCGCCAAGCAUUUGCGCCAACGACGCUUCCAAAACGGCACACUCCGUGUCAAAAACAACAAGCUCAUGUUCGAAUUGGACGAUAACGGAAUUCCAACCGAUUGCUACAACUACGAAUACAACGAGGCUAAUCUACUCGUCGAGGAAUUCAUGUUACUCACCAACUUUGCUGUCGCACAACAAAUUGCCGUCGCUCUGCCUGAGCAAGCUCUCCUGCGCCGUCACGACGAGCCUCUUGAACGCCGCCUACGUGCUGGUCGACUGGGGUACGAGAUGGAUAUCUCUACCGCAGGUGCUUUACAGCGCUCUUUCGAUACCAUCACUAGUCCCGAUGCUCGUCGUCAAUUGGAAGGUCUUGCUAUUAAAGCUAUGCACCGUGCCAAAUAUUUCUGUGCCGGAAUGUUGGACAUUGCGAAGUAUCAACACUACGCCCUUAACGCCCCACUUUAUACGCAUUUCACUUCACCUAUUCGCCGCUAUGCCGAUGUACUUGUCCAUCGUCAAUUGGAUGCUGUUCUUUCUCCCAUCGAAGGAGAGACUAAAUUCUCCAUGGAUAGGGACUCUGUAGCCAAAGUUGCCCAACAUUGUAAUAUGUACGUUCACUCUAUCCUCGUACCAG